AUGCUCUAUGCGCAGCCAACAUCCCCGCCGAGUCCCCGGAGUCCGGCACCUCAGUCGCACCCCGCCCGACCGGCGUCCUUAGCUUCCUCGAUUGAGGAAGACGAUCUCUACGUGUCACCCAAGGCGUCUCCGCCGUAUGACACGCCUCCGCCUCCGCCUCAGCCACAGCCUGCCCCGCCCUCUCAGCUGGCACCCAGCACGAUGAGCAACAACGACGCGCCGUACAACUCGAACACUCUGUCGGGCGACUUCUCCGCGCUCAGCGACUACAACACUUGGUCGGCUGCCAUGAACGCGGCACCUGCUGAUCCCGGAGCUAUGGCUGCGAGGAAGGCGAGUGAGACCUCGAACGGCAGCGCAGGAAGCAAGCGCAGCCUGCCCCAGCCGCCGCGCUCCGGUUCGACCGAGACGGCCACGACAACGGCGACCGCAGCAACUACGCUGCCGCGCAAGAACUCCCUCCAGCCAACGCUGUCGCAGCGCUACCAGCAGCUUAAGGAGCGCAGUGCAGCCAGUGCGGCGCGGAGGGCGAGCCAGUCUUCCGACGGACACACGUUUACGACCUCGUGGGAGCGAAGGGGGAGCGAGAGGAGCGACGACUUCCAGUCUUCCGCUGGGUAUGGCCGACUGCCUGCGCUCGAGGACGUGCAGGCGCAGCAGCUGCAGCAGCGUCGCAUGGUCUCGUCCCCCGAGCCGGCACACCCUCCCGCCGUAUAUGAGACGCAGAACUCGCACCCUCCGCCCCCGCCGCCCCCGGCCUUCCACGACUCGACCCCUCCUUCCGCCUUCCAGAGCAACGACAGGCAAGGCUCCCUCCCUCCCAUCCCUCUAUCCAGCGGCAACAGCGAAAUCUCACCGCAACAAUCGCCGACGCGCCGAGACAGCCUUCCGCCCAUCCCCUCCGAGUCCCCACAAACACCACAGCGCCGCGCGUCCAACGCUCUCCCGCCCAUCCCCUCCGGGACCGCACCGACAUCCCCGGCUUCUCCAGCACAGCGCCGGCCUAGCGUGCCCCAAGCAAACGGCGAGAACAUCAACGGAGGAAUGAGGGACUUCAUGCCGUACGCAUCGGUGUACGGAGGCGUCGACGGCGAGGACGACCUUUCCGCCAGCGCCAGCAGGAGGAACACGCUGCCGCCUCUUCCCAGCGUGCCAAAGGAGCAGCCGCUGGAGCCCAAGAGCCAGGCGCAAUUAUACGCGCAGCAGCAGAUGGCUCAACAGAGGCAGCAGGCUGAGGAGCGUCGGCGACAGGAGGAGGCGCGCCAGCAGGCUCAGCAGAGGCAAGCUCAGCAGCAACAACAGCAGCAGCAGCAGCGCACGCCGCAGCCCCCGCAGCCGCUCAGGAGCCCAGUGUAUGACAGCGACAAGGACCAGCCUCCGCUUCCUUCGCCCCGUAACGCACCGCCUUCCGGUCCGCCAACACCCGGCCCUCCCUCGGCUUUCACUGCGCCGAAUCCUCCUCUUCAGCCCGGCCAGACCAAUUCGCUCCCCGGUCGCCGCACGACGCUCGGCCAUGGCAACGAGUCCUACACUGCCCAGCAGCAGUCCGGUCUCUCGCACGCGCAGACCGUCCGCGCUCCUCGCUCGUACACGGCCAACCUCGAUCGCCCGCCUGCCACCCCCCAGCCAGUCGGCACGCCACAGCGCAAUCGCCCUCUGCACCCGGAGUUCACGCAUGGCGAUCUGACGAUCCAGGUGUCGACUCCGGGCCCGACUGACUUCCUCGUCUCCUACACCGUGCUUACGACUGCGUCUGGUCUUAUCGCCUCGACGCUAGCCCAGUUCCCGGCCGGCAAGCAGCCCCGCGUUGCGAUCACCGAGAGCGUCUCCGAGGCUCGCCUUCUGCUCUCGGCGCUGAACUACGGCAACAUUAACCACAGCUCUCUCGCUGUAGCUGAGCGCGAUCCGCUCGGCGUGGUUGAGUACCUGACGCUCCUGCGCCUGUACAGGAAGUACCAAGUCAGCGCCUUCUUCACCGACCUGCUGCAGUACCAGAUCAACCAGCGUGCCGUCGAGCUCUCGCAGGCCCUGACCCGUCGCGACCGUCCGCUCACGCUCGACGUGAUCCGUCUCGCCGUCGAGGCGAAGAGCUCGCGGCUCUGGGACAUGCUUAACAAGUACUCUGCGUAUUGGUUCGAGGCGCUCGCGCCUGCCCGCCUCAGUGCUGAGGAGAAGGACAGGGUCGGCAAGACUGGCCUGGAGGUGCUCAUAGCGUGGAACGCGCUCAGGCUUGGAUGCGGCGACAGGCCGGACGCGGUCAAGGUCGGAUACGAGGGUGGGCGCGUGUGUAUUUGGAGGGUCAAGGAUGAGAAGAGAAAGUUCUACCCGGUCAUCAAGCUGGAGACAAGCUUUGGUAAUCUUCCCGAAGCUGGCAGGCAGAGCUGUCCCAUGGGGAAGGGAGAGGGAGGGAGGAGGAAGUGUCACCUCGUAGCAAGUAUCGUGUGUAUGUAUGACUUCAUCAUCAGCACUAGUAAACCGUUCACAGUACUGAUGGAGGACGAACCAGAGGAACUGGGAGAGCGAGCUGACGCAGAGGUCGAACUAUCAACAGAAGAGGGGCUGAGGAAUCAGCGGGAUGUCCACGACAAUGGCAGCAGACCUGAGUAG